GGGCGCUCUACUCGUACUAGCAACCUUGAUCCUCCUUACUCUCCGCACUCACUAGUUCCAUCCACCCUUGACAUACGGGCUAGCUUGCUUCAUAAAAUCCUUCUGUUGUCUAUAAAAAAUACCUUACUACUAUUCUGUCUUCGAUUUCUCUGCCGACUUGAGAUCAAGGCUUAUUCAUUACACGCACCUCAAAACUAGCCUUUAAAAUGAAGCUUGACGCUACUGAUCUCCGGUACAUCACCUCUGAAGAGUUCAGAGUACUCACUGCUGUUGAGAUGGGGUCCAAAAACCAUGAAGUUGUACCCACUGUUCUUAUAGUUCAAAUAUCCGGUCUACGGAACGGAGGUGUCAAUAAGAUAUUGGGCUCCCUUGCUAAGAGGAAUCUAGUUGCACGAGUUCAGAACUCGAGAUGUUAACAUAUGGUGGUCUGGACUAUCUGGCUAUGCGUGCGCUUUCAAAAAGAGACUCGAUGUACUCUGUUGGAAAUCAGAUUGGUGUCGGGAAAGAAUCCGAUAUCUAUAUUGUUGCGGAUGCUGAAGGGAAUGAAAUGGUCUUGAAGCUGCAUAGACUGGGGCGUGUUUCCUUCCGGGCUAUCAAAGAGAAGCGUGACUACAUGGGCAAGCGAAAGUCUGCUUCUUGGAUGUACAUGUCUCGACUAUCUGCUCAGAAGGAGUGGGCUUUCAUGAAGGUACUUCAUGAACAUGGAUUUCCCAUUCCAAAACCGAUUGACCAAGCGAGACAUUGCAUCCUGAUGGAAUUCAUUGAUGCAUAUCCCCUGUACGUUAUCCUGGUGCAUCCUCAGUCGACGACAUACCCAUUGAACACUUGCAGUCGUCAAGUCUCAUCGCUCCCAUCUCCAGGUGUACUGUAUUCUAAUCUGAUGGACGUCAUUGUGCGUUUCGCCCGUGCAGGUCUCAUUCACGGUGACUUCAACGAGUUCAACAUCCUGAUUCGCCGCGAUACUGGCGAAGCAAUAGUAAUCGACUUCCCGCAAAUGGUCAGCACCUCACAUGUAAACGCCGAAUGGUACUUCAACAGAGACGUGGAGUGUAUUCGGACAUUCUUCCGACGCCGUUUUCAAUACGAGAGCAAUCUUUAUCCUCGGUUCCGAAGUACGAUGAAGGAAGAGUCGGAAGAUGGUGAAGGCUUUAGAUUGGAUGUAGUCGUUGCGGCGAGUGGCUUCAAAAAGAGUGACCAACAAGUUCUUGAAGAGUAUAUGAAUGCAGUCAGGGAACAAAACGAAGAACGGGCUGGUUCAGAAAAUGACGAAUCCGAGGAAGAAGAAAGCGAGGAGGAAGAAGAAGCUGGGGAUCAAAGCGAAGAGGAACCUGCCGCAAUAAAUGAGCGAGAGACAAAAGACAUCGCGAAUUCAGUUGCUGGCCCGUCGUCAUCGACGUCACGCCCAGAAGCCAGUGGCUCAAAACAAGUGUCUGACGAAGGACCCCAACUAUCCCCCACGUCUCGUUCUCGUCCACUCUCCCGUUCACCGCCUGCAUCGCGACAUACUUCUCGUUCACCAUCCUCCCUGGCCGAACGCACAGCAGCACUUUCAAUAUCACAUAAACAUGAUUUGAAAGAAAGGGUUGCCUCAGAGGUCACAAAGGACCGUGCUCGUCAACAACGGAAAUAUCACUCCAAACGAGGUGCUCAGAGAGUUGGGGGCCGUCAGAAAGGAAGUAAAGCGAAGAUGGAUACGAGGGUGAAGGUCGAUCAGAGUGGAGUUUGGGAGUGAGAGUCUCCUGUUGUUCGUUCCACAUUAUGUGCAUGUAUCACCGGAUAGAUAUUGUAUCUUUGUUGUGUUGUGUAUUUUUGGAGUGUCACUGUGGUGCCGCAAUGUCUUGAUAUUUGCAUAC